GGCAGCCAUGGCCACCGGAGAGGCCUCAAAAGACCCGUGCAGAGGAAGGGCUCGGGCCGCAGAGCUUCUUCCUCCCCGCUGUAUCCCUCCCAGCGCAGACUCACAAGUUCUAGGGGCGCAUGGCACCUACCCACGAUCCGCCCUGGGGACAGUGCCUUCUUCCCCCAGAGACGCCACUCCCGGGGUCCCUACCCUCCAGCUCCCGCCGCGGCCCGGGGCUCCCAGCGCCCGCGGCCCGGCCCCGGCCGGCGCGUCCCCACGCCCGCCCGCCCGCCCGCCGCUUCCCGCUCCGCUUUCACUUUCGGUCCCCGGGCGUGGCGGAGGCGGCGGCGGCGCGCAGGUGACGGGCGGCGGCCCCAGACCCCCAGGUAGGUUCAGCAAGAUGAUGAUGUCUCCAUCCUUCAAAUGGCCACGCCCAAGUAUGUCACUGUCAUUCCUACUUUCCUUGCGGUUGACUCUCUUAGCUGUGUCAGCUCUAGCACAGUAUCAGCACAGUGACCCCACAUCUCCAAAAGCUAGUGAUGGGACACCAUUUCCUUGGAACAAAAUACGCCUUCCUGAGCAUGUUCUCCCCAUUCAUUACAAUCUCACCAUCCAUGCAAACCUGAGCACCCUGACUUUCUGGGGUACCACAGAAGUAGAGAUCACAGCCAGCCAGUCUACCAGCACCAUCAUCCUGCACAGUUACCUCCUGCAGAUAUCCAGGGCUACCCUCAGGAAACAGGCUGGAACACCUGAGCAACCACUGCGAGUCCUGGAAUACCCACCUCAUGAACAAAUCGCUCUUCUAGCGCCCGAGCCUCUUCUUACUGGACACAGGUAUACGGUUAUCAUCAACUAUGCUGGCAAUCUCUCUGAGCACUUCCACGGGUUUUAUAAAAGCACCUACAGAACCAAGGAUGGGGAAAUGAGGGUACUUGCAUCCACGCAGUUUGAACCAACUGCAGCUAGAAGGGCCUUUCCCUGCUUUGAUGAACCUGCCCUAAAAGCAAAGUUUUCAAUCCAAAUCAGAAGGGAGCCAAAGCAUUUGGCCAUCUCCAAUAUGCCAUUGGUGAAAUCUGUAACUCUUGCUGAAGGAUUAAUAGAGGACCAUUUUGACGUUACUGUGAAGAUGAGUACCUACCUUGUGGCCUUCAUUAUUUCAGACUUUAAGUCUGUCAGCAAGAUGACCAAGAAUGGAGUCAAGGUGUCUGUGUAUACUGUGCCUGACAAGAUUAACCAAGCAGAUUAUGCAUUGGAUACUGCAGUGACUCUUCUAGAAUUUUAUGAGGAUUAUUUCAACAUUCCAUAUCCUCUCCCAAAACAAGAUCUCGCUGCGAUUCCUGACUUUGCAUCUGGUGCUAUGGAAAACUGGGGCCUGACCACGUACAGAGAAUCCUCUCUGUUAUUUGAUGCAGAAAAAUCUUCUGCUUCCAGUAAGCUUGCAAUCACAAUGAUUGUGUCCCACGAACUGGCCCACCAGUGGUUUGGAAACCUGGUCACAAUGGAAUGGUGGAAUGACCUUUGGCUCAAUGAGGGAUUUGCCAAGUUUAUGGAGUUUGUGUCUGUUAGUGUAACCCAUCCUGAACUAAAAGUAGAGGAUUAUUUCUUAGGCAAGUGUUUUGAUGCAAUGGCGGUGGAUGCAUUAAAUUCCUCACACCCUGUGUCUACACCAGUGGAGAAUCCUGCUCAGAUUCGGGAGAUGUUUGAUGAUGUAUCUUAUGAGAAGGGGGCUUGUAUUCUGAAUAUGCUGAGAGAUUUCCUGGGUGCUGAUGUGUUUAAAAGUGGAAUUGUGCAAUAUCUCCUUAAGUACAGCUAUAAAAACACAAAAAACGAUGACCUGUGGGAUAGUAUGGCAAAUAUUUGCCCCACAGGUGAUACUCAGACAACAGGUGGCUUUUGCUUCAGAAGUCAGCACUCUUCAUCCUCACACUGGCAUCAGGAGGGGACAGAUGUGAAAACCAUGAUGAACACCUGGACGCGGCAGAAGGGCUUUCCCUUGAUAACCAUCACUGUGAGAGGGAGGAAUGUCCACAUGAAGCAAGAGCACUAUAUUAAGGGGUCUGACAGCACCCCAGGAACUGGGUACCUAUGGCAUGUUCCAUUGACAUUCAUCACUAGCAAAUCACACUCUGUCCAGAGGUUUUUGCUGAAGACAAAAACAGAUGUGCUCAUCCUCCCAGAAGCAGUGGAAUGGAUCAAGUUUAACGUGGGGAUGAAUGGCUAUUACAUUGUGCAUUAUGAGGAUAAUGGAUGGGAUUCUUUGACUGGUCUUUUAAAAGGAACCCACACAGCGAUCAGCAGUAAUGAUCGGGCGAGUCUCAUUAACAAUGCAUUUCAGCUUGUCAGCAUUGGAAAGCUAUCGAUUGAAAAAGCUUUGGAUUUAACCUUAUACUUGAAGCAUGAAACAGAAAUUAUGCCUGUGUUCCAAGGUUUGAAUGAGCUGAUACCUAUGUAUAAGUUAAUGGAGAAAAGAGAUAUGAAUGAAGUGGAAAUGCAAUUCAAGGCUUUCCUCCUCAGGCUGCUGAAGAACCUCAUUGAUAAGCAGAUCUGGGCCGAUGAGGGCUCUGUCUCAGAGAGAAUGCUGCGGAGUCAGCUCCUCCUCCUCGCCUGCGUGCGCAAGUACCAGCCCUGCGUGCAGAGGGCAGAAGGCUACUUCAAAAAGUGGAAGGAAUCUAAUGGGACUAUGAGCCUGCCGGUCGAUGUGACCACAGCAGUGUUUGCUGUCGGCGCACAGAACACUGACGGCUGGGAUUUUCUUUAUAAUGAAUACCAGUCUUCUUUGUCCAGUACCGAGAAAAGCCAAAUUGAAUUUGCCCUCUGUAUGAGCCAAGCCAAGGAAAAGCUCCAGUGGCUAUUAGAUGAAAGUUUUAUGGGAGAUAGAAUAAAAACUCAGGAAUUUCCACAUAUUCUUAUCCUCAUUGGCAGAAACUCUGUGGGCUAUCAACUGGCAUGGCAGUUUCUGAGAGAAAAUUGGAAUAAACUUGUACAAAAGUUCGAACUUGGCUCAUCUUCCCUAGCCCACAUGGUGUUGGGAACAACAAAUCAAUUCUCCACCAGAACUCGUCUUGAAGAGGUAAAAGGAUUCUUCAGCUCUUUGAAAGAAAAUGGUUCUCAGCUUCGUUGUGUUCAACAAACAGUUGAAACCAUCGAGGAAAAUAUACGCUGGAUGGACAAGAAUUUUGAUAAAAUCAGAGUAUGGCUGCAAAGUGAAAAGCUUGAACUGUUGUAGCAAGCUGUUUCUUGCCAAGUUCCUGUGACUUAUAAUCAUGAAAGUGUUAUUUAAUGUGGACAUUUAAUAGAUUGGGUAUACUUUCAAACUGGAGAUGGCCAUUUUGGCUCUUUCUGAAGAUACUUUUCAAUGUUUAGUCAUUGGAACAUUUCUGGAUGAUUUAGAAAUUUCUGGUUUUUUUUAAAAAAUUCAUUUUGCUGGAGAUUGAAAUAGUCUUACACAUAUCUAACCCAUUCAUUUUUGAGAGAAGACUGCAUGCUAGUUGUUCAACAUGUUUAACAGUAAUGCCCUGAAAUGUAAAUCCAAGUAAUGGAUUCCCUGCUAUAGAGGAGUGAAGUUCCUCAAGUUUACUUUAUAUUUUAUGCUUAAACUCCAGUGUCCAGACCCCUGUGCCCCAUGAAUUUAUCACUCAGAAGCUGUUUUGUCAAUGUCCCCCUCUAAGACUUUUAAUAGUACUGAGCAAUGGAUACUGGAUCAGUAACUAAGAUGGAACAUGGCUGGGUAGCUCUUCUGCUUAUCCCUUCAGAUCUGUAUUUACUCUCUCUUCCUGGAUUCAUGUCUGACUCAGGGCACAAGACAUUGGGUUUCCUUGCCCUCUGGAUUUUGGUCCAUAGCCCCGGAAGCUUCUAGAAAUGGUUGAAGGAAGAAUAGGUACAGGUAUAUAUUUCCUUGCUUCUUUGCAGGUUGCUUUAUACUGGGGUCUAAGGUCUUAGCUUCAGAGAAGCACCCAUCUUUUCCACACAGUCUUCUCCAUCUCUGGGCUUGGUUAAGUACUUCCUUCUCUCAUCCCUACUGGACUGAGAGCCACAGGACGAGAAGCUACACAGAUUAGGAGCCUAGCAGUGCUCAGGGUUGUAAAUACCUACCUGUCCACCACCUUUAUAAAGUCCUUGCAUAGAACUGUUCUCAGAUAAGUCUAAUUUGACUGCCAGUUUCCUCAGAGAUCCUGACAGCAUCCCUUCUGAAUAAGCAGUUGUUGGCAUUAAGCUCUAUGGAAGAAGCGCCACUUGCUAAAGUUGUGAUGGAGAGAUGUUGAUCCUUAAGAAGGGAGGCAGUGCUUACUCUCUUCUCACUGAGCCUAGUUUUUAAUUGCUAAAUAACUCAAUCUUGGUAUUUGUUGCCAAUAAAUCAUUUCAGAACCACCAACAAAUGAUGGCAUACUGAGAAACUGAAAAUAUUUGCUUAUAUUAGACUAAGUGAAGACAGUGUAGUGUUUCGUUUGAAGUCAUACAAAAGAACAUGUGGCAAAAGUUCAAGAUAAGGAACAUGACUUAAUGUGAAAGAUGUCAAAAUGUGUUGCUCUCAUAUAUGACAGAAUAGAGUGAUAUUUUGAGAUAUAAAUGUGUCACCUUUUCUUUGCUGUGAAAAAACACUUGAGAAAAGGCAAGAUUUCUUCUGGCUGAAGGUUUCAGAAGUGUUGGUAAUGGCAAGCGAUGCCACUGUUGUGGGCUCGUGUGCGGCUGCAGGACCAGGUGACGCAGGAGGCUGCUCAGCUCAUAGCAGCUGGGAAGUAGAGAAAGAGCCAGAGAAGAUGGACCCCUGGAGACCCACUUCCUCCCAUUCACUGACGAGGUCAUCAAUUGGCUAAUCCAUUGAUAAAAUUAAUGCCUCAUACUUCACCCUCUUAAUUCUGUCAUCACUAGGGUUUGAGCUUACAACACGUGUGCCUUUUGGUUAUGGGGGGGCAGCUUAAUAUUCCAACCAUAACAAACAUGAUUAUAGUUCUAUUUUUUAUCUAUUGUUAUGGUUGAAGGCUUGAGGAUUAAAUACAGGAAUUAAUUACUGGGAAAUGCUUCCCCAGGCUACUUUGCUUCCGAGAAAAAAAAAAUACACAACCAAGACUUUGAUGUAAAAUAUUUUAAUUGUAUUUAUAUCAGUGAAACAGAGAUAGCAAUUUUCAAUUUUGGUCACCUAUCUUCAUUUUUUGAAAAGCCAAUUUGUUAGACAAUAUUACAAGGUGCAGAAUAAACAUUGUAAUAAAUGUGUGUUCUUUA